UAUCAAUUUUGGACAAAAUCUAAUCCACCAAAUCAUGAUUCUGCGACACUCAAACAAUUCUAUGAAAUGGGAUUUUUAACAAGUAUACCUGUUCAUAUGCCAAAUACAACACGCACAUUUUGGAAUUCUUUUUCACGCGCUUUAGAUAAUAAUAAAAAAACUUCGGAUGGAAAACGGCGAAUUUUAUCAAUAAUCGCUGAAGAUUUUACCUAUGAUGAAUUAGAAACUAACUUAGGUGUUGGCCGUCAUACGAUCUCUGGAGCCCGCAAACAUGCAAAAUCUUACGGUCAUGGUGCGCCACCUCUUUCAAAGCCCAUUAUCUAUCGUGUAAAACUAACGGAAGAACAACUAAAUCAGUUUGAAAUUUUUUUUUCUAACAAAGAAAAUGUUAAUAUGUCAUCUUAUAGAACUGAAACAUCAACUGGCUUACCAAUUUUAUACCUUCAGAAUCAUAAAAAAGCUUUAUGGGAAAAGUUUCAUGAGAGAUAUCCAAAUGGAAUGCAACGUAUAUCAUUUAUGACUCGCUUACAAGGCGGCCGAUACAUAUAUAAAGAUAAUCUUGGUGGCAUGUGCUCAAGUUGUAAUGAGCUUGGAUAUGAAGUGUUUAAAGAG